ACUACAAAUCCCAUUUUCUCAGACUGCAUGCACUUCCGAAAUAGGCCCAGCAUGCAUUUCGAUUCUUCGUGUGAAUGAAGAAUGAAGCGAAAUGGCUAACACCAAAGCUGACGUUAUUAUACCGAAUUUUGAAUGUCCAUCGUGGGCAGGGAAGCCUCCUCCUGGUCUUCAUUUGGAUGUAGUGAAAGGAGAUAAACUCGUUGAGAAACUCAUCAUAGAUGAGAAGAAGUUCUACAUGUUCGGGAGGAACCCGGACAUGUGCGAUUUCACCAUCGACCACCAGUCAUGUUCGCGUGCACAUGCCGCCCUGGUGUACCACAAGCACCUCAAAAGGGUGUUCCUCAUCGACCUCAACAGCACCCACGGUACAUUCCUGGGCCACAUUCGGCUGGAGCCUCACAAGCCCCAGCAAGUGCCUAUCGACUCCACCAUGUCGUUUGGGGCCUCCACCCGCUUCUACACCAUCAGGGAGAAGCCCCAGAGCCAGCCCGGGGCAGCAGCGGGGGACACCAAGGCCGGGGAGGACGAGGAGCUGAAGGGCCUCCUGGGCCUACCAGAGGAGGAGACUGAGCUGGAGAAUCUGACCGAGUUCAACACGGCCCACAACAAGCGCAUCUCAAGCUUGACCAUCGAGGAGGGCAACCUGGACAUCCAGCGGCCCAAGAGGAAGCGCCGAAACUCCCGAGUGACCUUUAAGGAGGACGACGAAGUCAUCAACCCAGAGGACAUAGACCCAUCAGUAGGGCGCUUCAGGAACAUGGUGCAGACCGCAGUGGUUCCUAUGAAGAAAAAGAAGCUGGAGGGUUACCAGAAUGCCCUGGGCCUGGACGACUCCGUGCCUCGCUCACACACACUCAGCCUGGGCUCCCGGAGUGGGCUCUACUCCGACCUGCCACCCAGCCACCAGGAGGGGCACCCCGGCGCCACCAUCCUCGGGGGGCUGCCGCUGCCCCUGCCCAACCCCGCGCCAGAGGUGGACCUGGCGCCCGAGCCCCAGCUGCCGCCCAUCACCCUCAACCCCACACCGGUGACGGGCCUCUACCCGCCCGAGGCCCUCAACGAGCCACGCAAGAAGAAGUACGCCAAGGAGGCGUGGCCCGGGAAGAAGCCCACCCCCUCGCUGCUCAUUUAGCCAAUGGGGUGUCGGCGCUGUCUCGUUUGGGUGGACACUUCUUAGAGAUGACACGAGGAGGAGUGUUGAAGAAGAAGAAGAUGGAGGAGACGGCCGUGUACGAACUGACUUUUUUUUCACACAUUUUUUUACACAGAUCUAUUUAUACAGGGUUUGUCUCACUUUGUUAUGGGGUGGGGUGGGGUGCGGGAGGGGAGCUCUAAAAACUUGUAUUAGCCUAUGAGUGACACUGUUGAUUGCAUUCCAUCUGUUGUCAUCCAUUGGAAGGACCAUGAUUCCAUGAUGGAUCUGUUUCCCCUGACCCCAUUCACAUCUAUUGCAUAUGAGAACAUGAUGAGGCCGCCAUGUCAUUUCUGACUCCUGGUAACCCUGUUGUUUUGACACCAUUUUAGUUUCGUUUUAUUGAGGACUUUUUAACAUGUACAGUGUUGCAACCCCCCCCCCCCCCCCAUGCUUUUUUUGCAGAUUGUUUGCAUCAGUUGCAGUGGCAUCAAAAGGCUCUUGGAUAUUCCUUCAUGUAGUAGAGUGCUAUGAAUGGUAGUUAUAUACCCGCACUCGGACUCAGUCAGGGAUUGCCUCACUGUGACUUGUGUGUUUGGUUCUCUUUAAGGUUAUAUUCUUGAUGGUUAUUUUGUGUAAUUUGUACUUAAUUUCUUUAGCUAUUUCAUACUUUGUCCUCUCUACACAUACAAUGGACAGAAUAUACCGUAUGUUAACAAAGCCAGUCCUUCAAGACCAAGUAGAUGAAAUUGUCAAGUGGAGUCUGAACGUGCAGAUCGGGGUUCAGCAACUGUACUGACCUCAACAAAAUGGACCCUUGAGGACAGCAGUGAAGAGUGUUUAGCCAAACACUCCACAAACAGGAAACCGUUAUUUUAAUGAUUUUUUUUUCUGCAUCCACUAGAUGGUGCUGUGAGGAACACAACCUUUCAGAGUAGUUGAGUCUUACAAAUGUUGGGCAUUGUGGCCUGGGCUGGCUCACUUUAAAGUGGACCUAAGGAAAAACAUCAUCAUUUCAGCUUAACUUUGGUCUGUUCUGGUACUUCGAAACAACCUACUAGAAACACCAAGUUCUCCACAUAAUGGUUGUGUAAAUGGAAACUUUGUUGUGUCGGAUACAGUGUCCAGUGUGUCUUUGAUAACGUCUGAGAGCAAAUAAACACUUUUGUCAUUUUUUAACAA